AUGAAGGUAAAGGUGUUGAAGAAAGUUUCAAAAUUAAUAGAGCUAAAUGGCACGAUACCUGUAGACUCAAGUUUAACAAAUCAAAACUUCACAGGGCAGAAAAACGAAAGACAACAUCUCCAGACAACACGACAAGCAACGUUCCUCCGAAGGUUCGUACGUCGCCAUAGAGAGCAAGAGUCUUCCGAUGUUCCUCACUGCUUUUUUUGUGACAAGAAAGCAAAAGCAGGAGAGUCUUUACGAAAAGCAGCAACACUCGAACUUGAUUUUCGCGUUCGUACAUGUCCUCAACGAUUGCAAGACGAAUCCCUGCUAGCUAAGCUGAGUUCUGGAGAUAUGGUGGCUCAGAAAGCUCAAUACCAGAGCAAGUGCCUCGUUUCACUGUACAACAGAAUGCGCGAAACGGAAACACAUAUAAAUACUGAUGAGGAAUUAAUCAACCAUGGCAUUGCUUUUGCUGAACUUGUUAGCUAUAUUGAAGACGUCCAGAACGACAAUAUUGUAGCACCAGUUUUGUACCUGGCAGAUCUAAUAAGCCUUUACACGAAGCGAUUGGAACAACUUGGCACAAGUUUGUCAGGACGUGUUCAUUCCACCAGACUGAAGAAUAAAAUUCUCUGCUAUUUCCCGGAAAUGGAAGCUCAUAGCCAGGGCAAUAAAGUUAUUCUCGUUUUUAAGGAUCAUAUUGGUACAGCAUUAAGACAGAUGUGUGAUGUGUAUGCCGAUAGUGACGCGGCUCACCUUGCUAGAGCUGCCAAAAUUGUGAGGAAGGACAUCUUGAAAAUGAAGUUGGCUGCGCUCAAAGCACUGUGUACACUGCUCAUCGGAAGUGGCUGGACUGCCGCAUUGGGAAAGGCGAAAGUCGCGUCACCGGGGACAGCUGAGUCCUUUCUACCUGCCUCUCAUGUUACACGUACUCGGCGAGCGCAUCAAUAACAGCAUGUUCCUUGUAUAUUUUGUAAAAAAAGCUUAUUUGGCCUAUUCAAGCAACCUAGAAGAGAAUGCUCCUCACAUGUUCUUUAACGACUGGUGUUCUAACAAAUCUGCCGAUUAUCCGCAGUUCAAAUUCUGUUUUCUGGUCUUACAGUUUGAAAUAGCUAUCCUGAUAUUUGUAAGGGCUUUGAGGGAAGGCGAUUUCAAUCUCUACAUCGAUGCCCUUACAAAUAUAGUGCCCUGCUUCUUUGCCCUUGGCCACAUUCAUUAUGCAAGGUAACUCGUGCACAUUAGGGACAUGGUUGCAUUGAGAGAUAUUCAUCCAACUGCAUUUUCUGAGUUUGUUAAUGGAAAGUUUGUUGUAAAGAUCAGACAACUCGUCGUUUCUCUGCUAUUUCUAUUAACCAAGCUCACGAGCAAAAUAAUGCUCUUGUAAAGGGUGACUGUGGGGCCGUGGGUCUCACCGACAAUCCUGCUGCUUUUCAUCGCUGGAUGGUGUCCGGUCCUCAAAUGGCUAGACCGAUCAAAGAGUUUGAGAAUUCCACCGACAAGUAG